UAUUUGUACUCCAAUAUUGUUUUUGAAAAUUACACUUGUCGGUAGAAAAGGAUGGCUCAGAGUGGACAGCUUGAGAUUGAUUUAGAAAUCCAAGCGCCUACUGAAAACUUCUACCACGUUUUCAAAAUCCAAUGCCAACAUCUUCCCAGUAUCUCUUCUGACCAUGUGAAGGGAGUCGAUUUGCAUGAAGGAGAGUGGGGCAAGGAUGGCUCCGUCAAGACCUGGAAAUACACUGUUGGAGGAAAAGAGGAGAGCUAUAAGGAGAAGAUUUUCUUUGAUGACGAAAAGAAACUGGUAACUUUUGUGGGGUUGCAUGGACAUGUGUUCAAGAAUUACAAGAGCUGGAAGAAUAUAUUUCAGGCCACUCCAAAGGAUGAAAAAAGCUGCGUCGUUAAACAUAUUCUGGAAUAUGAGAAACUGAAUGAGACUGUUUCAGAGCCACAUGAAUACCUAGAUUUCAUGGUUAAAAUUACCCAAGACAUUGCAGCUCAUCUUGGCAAGCAGGCAUAGAUGAGUUCAAACGAUGCCGUUUGUCGAUUUUACUAUGCAUUACUACUCUUUAUAAUAUAAAAUAAUUUAUGAUAAUUAAUGUUUACUUAAAACCGACCAGCGGGUUGGUUUUACUGUUUAAGUAAUUUGUGAGAUUGUGCGAGAAGUCUUGUGAUGAGAAUAACCUAGUAAAAUGUGUGAUGAGCAUGUUUAAUAAAUUGGCUGUUUCCAA